AUGCUGUAAGAAUAAUAAGAAAUCUGUCCAAUCGAGUAAUUUAAACAAUCCUAUUUAUUUAGAUAUUUUAAUGGUCUGUAAAAUUCCUUUGCAGAACUUAUCGAAGUUGCAAAAUAGAAUUCUAGUAAUCAUACUAUAGAUCUCAAACCUUAUAAAUCUCCAACACUGCAUUCCAUCUUAUAAAAAGUUGAACAAUUAGUAUCAAAUAACAAUAAAGGAAUAGAACGAAAAUGAAAUUCCAGAUUAAAAACCAUCAGAUAAUUUAGAGCUUAAGAAAAAUCAACUUUUAGAAUAUCAGAAUCAUGCAGAAUUGAUUACUACUAAUUUCUAUACACAAUCUGUUAUUGCAGCCAUGUAAAUCAGAAAAGUUAAGAAUGAAGCUAUUAAUUGUGCAUAUAUUCAUGCCUUAUAAGGAUUCCCCUCUCUUAAGUAGGAAUAAGACAAAUUAAAAAAAUGUAAAUUAUAAUCUUAUCAAUUUGCGUAAUUUUAUAGAAAUAUCAUAGAUAAGAUUAGGAAUUUCGGUUCCUUAAAUCAAUAUAGCCCAAUGUAUAUUAAUUACAUAAAAUUAAAUAGAUAUCUAAUCAUAUUUAAGAUAAAUUUAUGAUUCAUUUUACUAUCUAUCAUCCAUUCACAAAUAAGAAAAUGUAAAUUAUUAUAGCUACCAAUGAUGCAACUCUAGAAUAGAUAAUCUAAGAAAUAGAUUGUCCUGUUGAAUCUACUGAAAAAAUGUUUUAUUAAAAUGAAUUACAUAUUUUUGAUCCUCCUUCAAUUAGCAUUGGAAAAAAAGAAGAUAUCAUAGGUCAUCUCAAAUUUGUGUUAUGUAAACAAUAUACAUAUACACAUUUAAAUUAAUGCAAGCAUAGAAUUUACAUAAAUGAAAUACGUUCAUUGACUUAAGAUGAAGAACUUAAUUCACCUUAUGCCAGAACCAUAUUUAAAGCACCACUCAAAAUUCGAGGAUGUGAUGGUUGUGGAAGAUCAGCUUAAUUAUUUCGUAUUUCAGAUACAUUAAUACCAGGUUCUUCUCCAGUCUUCUUAUGUAAAUUUUGUAAUGAUAAUUUACAUUCUAAUGAUUAGGAGAAAGGUCUGUAAUAUUUUUGUGAUUGA